AUUGACCGGUUCUCCCUGCACUCAUAUUACAAGACCAUAGUCAGCAAGAUCAAAGAGGAUGAUAUCGUGCCUAAUGCUGAUGAAGAAUGGGAGGAUGCCAUCAUGAGGUCAAUAAAGGAGAAGAUCCGAUAUGCUAUCUUGUCUCAUUGAUGGGUCAAUGGAGACUCGGAAACAUCGUUCCAAUACAUGCAGUCAAAUGUCAAAGUCAAGUCUUUUGAUUGGCAUGUGGUUGCCUCUCCCCAGUUGUAUGCGUUCUGCCAAAAGGCACGUGACGACUUCAAUUGCUCAUUUGCUUGGUGCGACAUGUGCUGCAUAGACAAGACGAGCAGUUCAGAGCUUGACGAGGCCAUCCGUUCCAUGUUCCGAUGGUAUCGCAAUUCACACAUAUGCAUCACCUACCUCCAAGGGACAGAUAGCAUAAACGAUCUCGCGGAGGAUGAGUGGUUUGGAAGAGGUUGGACGCUCUUGGAGCUCCUUGCACCAUUCCGCAUGAAGUUUUACGGAAAGUCAUGGGCGCCACUCAGGCCCCUUCAUGAGUCUGAGAAUGACAAAUGCAACUCGGAUAGCAUCUUACAAGAAAUUUCGCGAAUUACGCGUAUACCUGAGACGGAUCUCAGGGCAUUCACCCUGAGACCAACCGGGUGCAAGAGAAGAUGGUAUGGGCAUCCAGCAGACGAACAACAAGGGUCGAAGAUAUUGCUUAUUCCUUAAUUGGGAUCUUCGAUGUUAGCCUGAUGGUUGCAUAUGGAGAAGGCAGACGAGCCUUCUAUCGUCUGAUGGAGGCCAUCUUGCAGAGAUGUGACCAUUGGGAGAUCUUCUCUUGGAAGGGAUCCUCUUCCUCUUACAACGCCACCCUUCCAGCUGAUCCUAACUGCUAUCCUGCAGUGGGGAACACAGGUAAUUUUGACGCCGAGGAACAAAUCAACAACGAGCACUACAUAAUCGGGGAUAGACUGUUUUCCUUAACUAAUCACGGGCUCAAGAUCAAAGUGCUUUUGGUUCGAGUCGAAAAAGUGCAUGAAACAGUAGU